AUGUCUGCGGCGAUCAGUGAUAUUUGCCCGAGCGUGUUGAGUAAGUCAGUGAUUAAGGCUGUCAAGAGAUCAUGAUCUCUUAGGUUGUAUUCUUAAUGUAAAUACAGUUUAACACGGAAAUAUACCCAAAGGUUUCGAGUUUGUCACAGUGUAAUUCUGCAAUAGAAGCGUCGCUCACGCGCUUGGGUGAUGAGAUUGAAGUUUACUAUCUGUUUACCUACAAUUUCAUUUGCACUUGAUCAACGAACUGUUAAUUAUUCCCCCUUGUAGUAAAAAGAAUCUGAGCCAUUUUCUACCUAAACCGUUUGAAACAUUAAUAUUUAGCUGAAGAAACAAACUGCAAGUAGUUAACAUUUACGAGGGAGUGUAUUGACUAUGCAUUUCUAACGUUUUCUUGUGUUUUAUGUUUCCUUCAGUCUUAAGGGUUUUCACUCAUAAUGAGUCCUAUUGGAAGUCAUUUCAAGUGGAUAGCUCCGUUUGCUCUGAUAACUCUGAUCCUGGAAAGAACUGCAAGAGGUCAUGGAGGUAAAAAUAUUUGAUUAUUUAUUGGCCUCUUUCUCAGUCUGACAUGUUUGCUUCAAGUACAGAUGCAGAAAAGAAGAUUCAGAUCAUUGCAUUGAUUUGAUAAGAUAUCCAAUAUUGAGGUUGGGGGGGGGGGCAUAUAGCUGAAGAAGUUACGAAAGCUGUAUAAAAAAAAGAAAAAAAACGUAAUGAAAAUGCUGCUCUCAAACCGCCAAACCGCCUCAUUAGUCCUUGCAAAAGCAGCCACAAAGCAGCAUCGUGAUCGCAACCCUUACGUCACGCUAGAACGCUAGAAUGUGGGGUGGGGGAAGGGGGGUUGCUACAACAUUUGUAGCUAUUUGUGUGGUUACAGUUGGUACCCAUAAGACGUCAUGUUUUCUUCUUUGGCCUUGUCAUGUCAAUUCCAUUAGUACGUUUAAAACAUGACUGACAGAUUGUUCAGUCAUUUGAUUAAGAGUACCUAGGCCUGAUAAAUUCCUUCUUGGUGUUCACCUUACUGAAACAUGUGGUCUUUGAGUGGAGCGAAUCUGUCGGUUUACCAGCCUCGCCAGUGACCCUAAGGCGGAAUCGGAAACUCAAAAAGAACGCUCGCCCUGCUCAGUACGCGAAAAACGUAGAGGAGCUAUGUCACACGAGGAUAUUGCUGUCCAACGUCAAUUCUGUGCUAAAGUCAUUACUCAGUGUGUAAAACCAUACACAAAAUGCUUCUGUAGACUGUUAUGUGAAUUUUACCAGAGAGCAUGAUUGGUGAUUUAUGCAGGGAUAGCAUUAAAACUUGAAAAACUUGGCUCUAUUUUUUAAAAAAAUUCAAUUCAUGUUCAUCCUUGCCAUCCGUAGUAACGGACGAUAGAUUCACAGGGGCACCCAACGACCAAUUUGUUGUAAAAUGUAUUAUUAUACCCCCAUUAAUGAAAAUAAAUGUUAUUAAGGCAUCUUCACGUGUUUUUCAGUGUUGCUGGGAAAAUAUUAUCUGUUCCUUUUUCCCAGCAAGACACACAAGAAAUUUCCCAGCCAGCUAGAUAAAAUUGGUUGGUUUCCCAGCCAGCUGAUCAAAUUUAUUUCCCAGCCAGGAAUUAAAUUAAUUAAUAUAAAUGAAAGGAAUAAUAAUAAUAAUAACAAUAACGAUACUUAUAUUAAUGUGGCUAAAUGUAAUUUAGGCAAAGUUAACCUCGAAACAAUGCUGGUUUGCAGUUUUUCCUGCUAUACUGGGGGUGGUCUGAUGCCUCUAGCAGGGGCACCUUGUGAUCUAUAUACGCAGUUGCUUGCUUGCAGUUCUUCGCAAAGUGUUGUUGCAAUAGCCUGCUAUUUGCGUGUCAUUCUGUUUUGUUUUUUUUUUUUACAAACAGCUGUAAUUCUUGUGUUAGUAUAUGAUACUCUAAAUGUACUGCUGUCUGGAGCAGUCUGAAUUUUAGGAGACUUUUGUGAACCUGGAAAGUGAGCACAGAAUUCAUAACACCUAGCAGCAUUGUACAGUUGCAGUAUUGUUUAACAUACUUGCUAGGAUAAACCAAGGUAAUGCCCAGUUCCUUGCUAUUUCCACAGCCUGAAAAAUAAUAUUAAAAAGGAAAAAAUAAGAGACAAAUGUUAAUUGACUACAGCCAGCAGCAAUACUGAUUGAGUGUGAUGUUUUUAGAUCUAGUUAUAGCCUUACUAAUCAAAGCUAUUGUUAUCACAGGGGCCCCACACAAAGUGCGUGACCCUUGGUAUUAUUAUUGAAUUCAGAAGCAAUGUAUGAGAAUAGCAAGAAGUUCCAUAAUUAUUACUGUACUAUUCUGUGAUCAAUAUUAUAUUUUCAUAUAAGAUGAGGAUAAACCGACCUUUAUCUGAAAUGAAGUGCUGUUGUUGUUACAUUGUAUGGCUGGAAAUGGCAAAUUUUAGCGAUUUUUUCCUGAGCAAUGCAAGUCCUUGAAAUUGAAGGUUAGUUUAUUCUCAUUUCAUAUGUAAAUAUUUAUUGCAGAAUAGUACAAUCUUAUGGAACUUUUUGCAAUUCUCAUACAUUUCUUCUAAAUUCAAUAAUACCAAGGGUUACCCACUUUAGGUGGGCGUCCUGUGAUUGGUGGUAUUUGUAAAAAGUAGACUCCACCCCUUUAAAUUUUUAGGUGUAGAAACCUUACGCUUAAGUUGAAACAUAUUUAUUUAUCAUGAAUGUCUGUGCCAAACAACAACAAAAAAAAGGUUGAGGUAGCAAUCUAUUUGUUAUCAUGGUGCUGCAGUCAACCAAUUUAGCUUUAUUGUAUAUCUUUCCACAUCAACUGAAAAAUAAAAAAAUUCCUUGAUUCGCCUAAUAUGACAGUCAUUAUUUAUAAAUUUCCUCCACACAAUACCAGAAUACUGAAAUGGAUGGAUAACAAGAUCAGUAAAAUUUCUGCAGGCCAUAAUUAGGUCUAGGAGUUGAACUGGUCCAAAUGAAUGGACUUUCUCCACGCUAUAAAUAAUUUUUUAUUUUAUCAAAAUUUAAAAUGUUACCAUGAUUGAACAAACUGUUAAGCAUCUUCCUCCCAAUGACAUGGAUGUGCGUCCAUUCACAUUAAAGGAAAAUGGAAGCUUAAUAGACAACUGAAUAGAGGGCCACAAAGGAAGCAAAGUUCUCAGUGCAAACCAUGAAUUCCCUAACUCAACCAGAUGGAAGAGAGAGGGUCAUAUAAGAAUGAACAAAAAAAGAAUACCCAACGUCACAAGCCUAACACAACCUGGUGGAAGAGAGAGGGUCGUAAGAAUGAACAAACAGUGAAUGCCCAUCAUCACAAGCCUAACCCAACCUGAUGGAAGAGAAAGGGUCUUAAGAAUGAACAAACAGUGAAUGCCCAUCGUCACAAGCCUAACCCAACCUGAUGGAAGAGAGAGGGUCGUAAGAAUGAACAAACAGUGAAUGCCCAUCAUCACAAGCCUAACCCAACCGGAUGGAAGAGAGAGGGUCGUAAGAAUGAACAAACAGUGAAUGCCCAUCGUCACAAGCCUAACCCAACCUGAUGGAAGAGAAAGGGUCAUAAGAAUGAACAAACAGUGAAUGCCCAUCGUCACAAGCCUAACCCAACCUGAUGGAAGAGAGAGGGUCGUAAGAAUGAACAAACAGUGAAUGCCCAUCAUCACAAGCCUAACCCAAUUUGAUGGAAGAAAGAGGGUCGUAAGAAUGAACAAACAUUGAAUCCCCAUUGUCACAAGAAUAACUCAAUCCAAUGGAAGAGAGAGGGUCGUAAGAAUGAACAGACAGUGAAUGCUCAUCAUCACAAUCCUAACUUAGCUUUGUUUUGUACAGAGACAGAGUAUGACUAAAGAUUGUUGAAGAGGAGAAGUAAACAAUCUGCCAAGUAAAAAGGAAUUAGUGCUGUUGAAUUGGUAACAAUAACAAUUAAUUUUUACUGUCAAUGUAUGUGUUGAUUGAUCAGCAGUUAUUGCUGACACAUACAUUGUAUGAAUAAUAGUAUUAAUGUCUUAAUUAAGUACUCAAUCCAAUACAAAACAGCUGAGCAUCAGAUGCAUUCUGACAAAUAAAACCACAGUCUGGCCAGAACCAACAAAAUUUGCUUAGUCAGAGAAAAGAAAAACUAUAUUUUAAUCCAUUUGCAUCCAAGCCGUCUUUUGCCAUCCUCACAUGCAAGUGGGUUCUUAUCAUUUGACAAUGUCCAUUUUUACAAACUGAAGUCGUUAAUUGGGGUUUCCUUAUUUUUGGCUGAGAAUUUUAGCUUAUGGAAAGCAAGCUAACACAGCUCUUAUUAUUUUUCAGUGCAUGUUUGUUAUCUGCCUUCUGGCUACAUAUACAAAGGCUGGUUUCUAUGUUAACACAAAAACAGAGGCUUUGCUGGAGUUGUCGAGAGAAACAAACCGUCUUUUUGGCGAAAUAACUUGCUUUAAAAUAAGUACGAAUUUUUCUUGAUUCUUACCUUGUGUGUGAGGAAACACCUACUCGAUCCGGUGGCUGCCUACACGGCCUAACUGUAAACAAAAAUACUGCUGUCAGUUUUUUAAAAUUUGUUGGCUCAGUUCGCUUCAACUGUAAAAGGUCAUCACGCACUAGACUAACACGGAUAACCGAAAAAAAGCAUUAACACAACUAUAAUAAGAAGUCUUACCUCCGAAAACGCUGAACACACACUGCACAACUGACUACAGGGCGCCGAAACUUAAAUCUGUGAAUGAAAAUACAAAUUACUGCUGUUAGAUUCACUCGAUUCGUCUCAAUUCAGUGUAGAAGAACAUCACCAGAACUUCAGCAUACAGAUAACAUAACAAUGGGAAUUAAUCUUACAUGUAAAUGAGGAAAGUUCUUCGAUCUGUACAUGUGCAGACACUGUGCGCUUUGAAAUCCCUCGCAAAAAUAACCGACACAAAACCGGCAGGACUUUUCCGCGGGUGGCGGGUGACGGGUGGCGGGUAGCGGGUGGCGGGUAACGGGUGACGGGUGACGGGUGAAGGGUAGCGGGUGGCGGGGUAGCCGGUUAAAAAUAUAUAUGAAAUGAAAUAUUAUAACUCGUUAUAGUGUAAUUGAAGAUAUAACUGUAUGUUGCAAUUUUAAAAUAAUUUCACCGUUUAUGUACUUGUCUUAUCUACUUACGCGGACUAUUUUCAAUUUCUCAAAUAUGGCAAAAAAAGGAGAAAUCAUGCCUGUGAAAACAGUCAUCUCUCCUAGCUCCGCACCGCAAGUGACGUUUCGCCAGGCUACACGCGGUGUGUCAAAUGAAAAUGGGUUAUGUCAAGCAAGACACAUGGCACGUGUCGAAGCGAAUUUUUUGGUACAUGCAUCUCUUACCAUGCCUUGCUAAGUAAGCGGACGCGUGGUUAGAAAGACGUCCGACUUCUUAGUUAGGUAUAAGCUUCUGCAAUAACGGGUGUGAAAGAUAAAUAACUACGAGAAAGAGACUACAUUUACUGCCAUAUAAAACAACGUGGCAGGUCUAUUAUGAUUAUGGGCAGGGGGGGGUGCGGGGUGGGGGUAUGGAUAUUUUCUGGAGCUACACAAUUCAGAAAAAGUGUAAUUUCCCUGAAAAAAAUAUUGUUCGAUGCUUAUUAUUAAUAAUGAUUGUUGACAAGUUUGCCACACAUACUUGUAUAUCACAGCACACCUUAUGUCUAAUAAUAACCACACAAUUCACUACUGAUUGAAGAAAUCGUGAUGUACAGCGUCGUUUCUUUGUUAAUAGUUUUAAUUUCUAUAAAAGGCAGAAAAGAUCUUGUUUGUCUAGUUUGCUUUUUCUUCCACAUCAAGACCAAAGAUGAUUGCACUUCCCCAACUGUUUAGUCGUGUUUAUAACAGGCUGCAAGAGACUCGGCCUUUGGUGUCGUAGCUCAGUUUUUACCCUAGUAUGCGGCAUGAUUGCCAUCCUAAUAAGUAUUUUUAAGUAGUAUUUAAAAAAUGCAGAUCCUUUUUGUAUAUAUAUACAACGAGAUCAGUUCGCGUCCGAGACGCCACACGCGGCGAAAACGGUCCAUGCUGUGUCAAAAGCGUCCUUCUCUGGUACGCAUUAACAUUGACAGCUUUGUUGUUUUAGUCUCAGGAAAAUUUCCUUGUUUUCUCGAAAUAGACAUUUUGUUCAUUUUAAACUACAAGUCGGGAACCAAAUUGGCAAAGAUUUAUUCCACAUGCAAUGUUAAUCCCAACUUAUAACAAAAGAACAAACGCACUUGUCAAAAAUCUGAGACACUGUUCAAACAUGUCGAGAAGAGAAUGCGAUCUUAGUUAUCUGGUCUCAGGAUAAAUAUUACUUUAAUUUUUAUGAGUUCCUCAAGCUAUCUCGUGCAAGCGAUAUCGUGUAGAAGAAUAUUGCUAAAAUAUCGCUUUUUGUAAUGUUUAUUAUCUUUUUUCUUUUUUUGGUUUCCACUUUUUAUUUUUAUUUUUUUUAUUUUUGACGGCCUGACAAUUUGUAACCCGUCACCCACCACCCGCUACCUGUCACCCGCUACCCGUCACCUGCUACCCGCCACCCGUCACCCGUCACCCGUCACCCGCCACCCGCCACCCGCGGAAAAGUCCUGCCGACACAAAACCGGUUUUUCCGCAAACGCGAUCUCUCUGGCCAGCCGUCAAAUGUUUGUCACUACUCUCGGGGGGAGGGAAGGGAUACUUUUUUUUCACUCGUCCUCGGUCUUCAGAGUCAGUAGGGAGUUUAAAGGAGCUGUGUCACGAAAUUCAGCCAAAUUAGGAAAUUACAAAACGCCCGUUAAAUUAAGAGAAACAUAAAAAUAACUGCUUAAAACUUUAAAGGACGGUUAAAAUAACAUAACAGAAACAACAGAUGACACGGAUGGGCAAAACUGAAGAAGAUUGAAACGGAUAGAAAUUAGGGUUUUUGAAAACUGUUCAGCCUAACAGUAUUUUAAAGUUGAUCCCUGCUGCUUGCAACUUCAAAAAUAAUGUUCAGGAGACAUAUUUGUUUGUCUCGGAUCUCUGAUUUUGUCAUAUACCUGUAAUUUCUUUGCUUUCUUUAAUCUCCAUAGCAAUUGAGGGCGAGUAAUUGGCAAAUUAAACAAAAUGAACUGGACUGCCGUGACACAGCCCCUUUAAGAUACGGAGACUACGGACUACGAACUACGGCUGGACGAGCGUUGUCCUUCGUUCGUAGCACUGGGUUGAGUCGUGCAAAUAUAGAACGUUAAGAUUGCACUACAGACAGUAGACUACGAGAGAAGAGGCCGGGAGGGAAACAACACGCAAAGAUUUUCUUGUUUUCAUCACAGUUCACAAAAAUGCAAGGCAGUUUUGCAUGUGAUCUUAUCUUUAGAACAAUGAACAAAUUCUUCCAUACUGGAAGAAAGCAAUUACGUCGGGUGAAAUUGGUAAACAAAGUUUUGGUUACACAGGUUUUAUUUUUUUUGCCCAUGAAUUCUUAUGUCAAAUAUUAAAGAAAUAGACAGAAAUAGUAAUAGCUCAUUUAUUAGAUUUAGAAGAUGGACUUCUCCGACUACUGAUCUGAUUUAGUUUGAAGUAUUGAAAUGCCGAGUUUCGAUUGUCUUGACUCGAUGAUGUUUACAUCAUUUUCAUUCAGCAAAUGCGAUACAAAAACUCGCAUAAACAAAGGUUACACAAGUAGAAAGACACGAUAAUCAGUUCGAACAAACAUUGAAACUUUUCAAGUACAAAGAGAAAGUAAAUUACCUGCCUGAUUUCUCUUCUCCUCAGCCGUCAAUCGGAAUUCUGCGUAUAAACAGCUAAGCUUAUUCAAAUAUGAGCUUAGCUAGAUAAAAAUGAGGUCACAACAGUCGAUUUAAAGCGUAAAUCGGAGCAGAAAUUAGACACAACUUACAUAUUUCGCUUCCCUCUCACUUAAAGGAGGUGAAUUGAAAACUUUUUUAACGAAAAGACGAGAUUCUUGAAUUACCGAGACGGAAAAUACGAGCAAAAUGUUCUCCGUAGUCCCGACUACGCGAAACAGCUCAACAACUCACCGUAGCCGCAGGACUACGCGGGAAAAACGAACAGUCACGUGGUUUUGAUCAUGCGCAGUAGGAUGUUUAACCGUAGUCGUAGUCCGUAGUCGCCGUAUCUUAAACUCCCUAGUCUCAGCCAGCUCGACUUGAAGUGCUAGAAAAGUCAGUAAUUCCCAGCCAAAGCCUCUAACAAUAAGAAAUUUCCCAGCCAGCUCAUUGGAACACCUAAUAUUUUGCCAGCCAGCAAGAUUCCUAUGGGGAACAGAUAAAGUGAGGAACAGAUUUGUUGGGUGCCCCUGGAUUCAAUGCCUUGAUAAAUAGAAUAUAGUGUUAACUAACAAGACCUGCCAACUAACAAGACCUUUGCAGCUGUUCUCCCGUAUUUAACCUACUGUCAUCUUAUAUGGCAUUUUUGCCGUGCUAGUGAUUCUAGACGACUAGAGCGUAUCCAGGAAAGAGCACUUAGGGCUAUAUAAUUAUUGUGAUAAACAUUCGUCCUAUGGUCAAUUACUAUCUAUAGCUGGGCUAUCUACUCUACACAACCGGCGACUACAGGACAUAGCUAUUCUCAUGUAUAAAGUUAAAAACAACAUGUGCCCAACAUACAUUAGCACUCUCUUUGAACAGCCUGCAAUUAAGUAUGAACUGCGCAAUCAUGACUUCACUAUACCCAGAUUCAACACAGUCUCCUUUGGAAAGCACUCGCUCAGGUAUAUGGGCCCAAUGGAGUUUAUGGAGUUCUGUUCCUAGUAACGUGAAAAAAGCUUUCACGUUGUCCUCCUUCGAAUAUAGCAUCAGAAAAGUGGAUCUUAGCAUGCUAUUAGAUGACAAUAACUGCUCUAACUGCUCUCUUUGCACUUCUUAAUCUUUUAUUUCUUAUUUUUUUUAGAAGAUAAUGGAUACAUUUGUAUAUACUGUAUAUAGUUCUCUCGAAUUUCUCACUUGCUUAUACUGUACAUAGUUUUUUCUUAAUUUUAAUUAACUUAUUAAUUAAUUUAUUCUUUUAAAUUCAUUUUAGUGUCCCCACUUAGUGGUUAUACACCGCUAUUACAGUUUUGACACUUUAAUAAAGGUAUCAUCAUCAUCAUCAUCAUCAUCACCUGUCAACUAUUUUUGGAAUCUAUUCGCUCUUUAAAAAGGUAGCAAAUAUCGUGACAUAGUCCCUUGAAGUUUAUUUUGGUUGGAGGAUUGCAUUACAACUAAACUGCAAUUACUUUAACAUACUGUAGUUACUGACAGAGUCGAGGUCCGUGCUGCACGGGAAAAAAAGGAGGAUCCAUAACGUACAGUACGGACCGAGAAAAACCAGAUUAGUAAGAUAUUUAUUAUAUCUCUGAGGUUAAUGGGGCGCGCGGGAAGGAAACUUAAAAAUUCAGCGGGCUGUAUAGUAGAAUAAGGACCGCAAAAUUGACCAAUCACAGCGCGCGUACUAACUAAGCGAUAUAAUAAUAGUCAAUAGUAACGUGGGUUGUUUUUGUUGCAGCGGCCAUAUGUACCCCUCCAUGUCUUCUGUUUUCAAACACUACGGAUAUCUUCGCCGUUGACUACAAAACGUCUGCAGUACAUUCUGUGGUCACUGGAUUAACCAGGGCUGUGGCACUCGAUGUUCAUUUUAGCAUGGGAUAUAUUUUUUGGAGUGAUGUAUCUGAGCAGAACAUCAAACGUUCUGGUAUUGACGGUUCCGGUAUCACCACAAUUAUCACCAAUAUUGGUGUUUGUGAUGGAUUGGCAGUUCAAUGGACGACAUCAGAAUUGUACUGGACAGACACUACACACGAUACGAUAUCCAAAUCUGACCUAUCAGGCAAUAACCAGCAAACUGUACUAUCCCUGGGACUUGAUGAACCUAGAGAUAUCGCUUUGGAUCCUGAUAGGGGGUGAGUGGCCACAAAGUUUUUCCGAAAAUAAGCCCGUCCAUGUAUAACCCCCUCCAAAUAUAAGGCCCACCAAAUCCUCCGUUAAAUCGCCCCUCCAAAUAUAAGCCCCACCCCCCCCCCCCGGGGAGGGGGGGCUUGUCCUUGGAAUUUGCCCUCAAAUACAGAGUAAAACAAAGCAAAAAUGGUAAAUUUCCUUCCUACUAUAAGCUAACCCAAUCGAUUUUGAAACGCAAAUGCCCCUCCGUACAUACGCCCCUCCGAAUAUACUAAAAUAAUUAUUCACCUCAGGCUCAGUUAAUAUUGUUGAAUAAUCCCCUCGACUUCGUCUCGGGGAUUAUUCAACAAUAUUAACUGAGCCUUCGGCGAAUAAUUGUUAAAUAUGAAAGAUAUAAGCCCCGCGGCUUAUUCUCGGAAUUUUAUGGUAUUCUAUUUAUUUUCCUGCGUGUGACCUCUGUUUAUCUCCACUCAAAAUUAUAAAUACUUUAAAUUUACGAGUUUUAGUUUAACAAGAAUUGCAAACUUCUUAUGACUUUUUUAGAACUGAUGGAUAAUUAUGACAACUUUUAGAGACCUUUUUUCCUGUCUAAGUUUAAUUUAUAACAAGUAGUUUCACGUAACACUUUAUUCUAGAAGCCGACUACUUUUUUACUAAUUACUGUAACAGGCUGAUGAUUUGGACAGACUGGGGUUCCAGCCCCAAAAUCGAAAAAGCAUCCUUAACAGGGAAUCAGAGGGUUGCCAUAGUAACGUCAGACAUCCAUUGGCCGAACGGGAUCGAGCUUGACAGAUGGAAUAAUCGUAUUUAUUGGGUAGAUGGAGCCGUGGAUCAAUUAGAAUCUGUCGAUUACGAUGGCAAUGACAGAAAACUACUUUCGACUGUAACAAAUUUUCAUGGUUUUGGAGUAGCCAUUAUUCCUCCUUUUCUCUUUUUCACUGACUGGGCUUCAAACGGUCAGAUUCACCAAGUUGACGCGAAGACCGGGUAUUUUGUUGUCAGCGGUGUCCGCUUCACUGGAAGGCCCAUGGGCAUUGUGGCAUACGACAGUUCCAGGCAACCUCCAGGUAUGCCGUGAUAGUAGUAUUGGGCGCACUGGUACUCCAAUUUUUUUGACGAGGAAUUUCAUUACUUGGCGGAGUAAAACGUUUACGUCGAUGAUUUCUUAGCCUUUUACCUAUGUCUCAUGAAUAAAAAGCAGUGGAAUCUCAUUAAGAUAACUUUACGUUGACGUGCUUUUUUCAGGUGGUUUAACCGGUUCGACGGGUUGUUUAGUUACUUUUAGGUCAAUGAAUGUAUGAUGAUGAUGAAUUUUGUUUUUCACGUUUUUGUUUUAAAGUUUCCAGUUCUUGUGCAACAAACAACGGCGGCUGCAGCCAUUUUUGCGUGGUGAAGACUUCUGGCGGCCACGAGUGUGUCUGUCCAGUUGGUUUGUCAUUGAAGGCAGAUGGAAAAACAUGCAACAAGAGUAAGACAGCUGCUUUGACUACAGAGGAAAUACAUAUCUGUAUUCUCUCCUUUCUAUACUCCUCCUAAAUACUUGAGCAACACCCCUCAGUCUCUUUAAGGUAGAUAUUUUCCCCAGAGAGAAAAAAGUAGAUUUAAGAUACAGUCGACGGAACCUUUAUGUGCAGCCAGCCCUCCGAAGCGAUCACCUCCAUGAUCAGCGACCAGCUAUCCUAACCUUCAAAACGUUUCUCAGCCAGAGCCCUCUAAUCAGUGGCUCGAUAACCUUUAAUUACAAAAUAGUGUCAGGAAACCCCUAUAGAAACAUUGGGAUAAACAAUUCACUUACGACUUGCCCAAUAUGACCUUGCCCAAAUCUAUUACCUUUUUCUGGCUUAAGGUGGCUGAACUUAGUUUUGCGGGUGGUCAGCGGUAACUCGCGUGACGGCGUGUGUUUUAAUUAGACAAACAAACAUGGCGGCAAAAAAGCAAUAGUACACAGAAGACGAUUCCUCAAAAUCUACUCAUUAAAAAUUUGUGAUAUUUGGCAGAAUUUUUACUUUUAUCGUAUUUUAAAUAAUGAGAACUUUAAAAUGGAAGUUGAACAGACGAAUUUUGUGACAUAUUUAAUAAUUACAGUACAAUUAUAUUAUUGAUUAUCUAAAAACUUGUCUGUUAAAAUUUGGUCAAAUAAGUUUCAAGUGGCAAUGAUUAAUUAUAGUAAGCUGCGUGCAAGUUUAUAGGAAAAUCUAAUGAGCGAAUUUUAUGUAAACGGGGCCAAAGUGAAAUUUUAAGGUUGAAUUAAGUCGUUCAUAUUGCCAUGGAAACUACGAAAACGUCACAUUUUACCUGUCAAUCAAAAUCUUUCAUCAGUGUAUUUUUCACUUGCCAAGUUAACAUUUCUCUUGUCAUGAUUUGGCAAAUAACAUAUACUUACAAACUGCCAAAACUGUGUUCAGCUACCUUAAAUAGUCAUGUUUUACUGUACAAAUAAGUCAUUUUAAGUAUGUUACCCUUUGCAGAAAUGGACAAGUUCCUCGUUUUUAUGGACGCUGAUGCCAAGUCUACUGAUAUCAUUUCGUUGGAUGUGAACUAUUUUGUUGCCCGACGUUUGUUCUUCCAUCACGGAAAUCAACGCCCGAUUGCUGUGGACUACGACCCUGUUGAGGACCGCGUAUACUGGACUGAUGUUGCACAAGGUCUAAUUAUCAGUGCUAUCUCUAAUGCGACUUCACUGAGGAUCCCUUUUCGCUGCAAUGUAAAGGUACCAGAUGGCCUGGCCAUUGACCACGUGGGGCAAAAUAUUUACUGGACAGACACGGGAACAAAUCGUAUUGAAGUUGCUCGGCUGGAUGGUACAAGCAGAAAAUUGUUGAUCAAAGAUGGACUUGAUGAACCCAGGGCAAUUGUACUUGAUGAAAGAAAUGGGUGAGUUAUAAAUCGAAAGGGAGUAUCUCGAUAUAGCCGGUCUUCCUCGCAGCCGUUUUUGUCUCGUCAGACAACGCUUUUCAAUACAAAUCUUAAAAGGGCUAUGACACGAGGGGAGGAGCGUUGCGUGGCAAGACAAAAAAGGCUUCCUUUAAGUUAAAGCUAAAUCAUCUUGGGUGCACGAGAUGUCGAAGUUAGCGUUAUCAAAAAAAUAAAGUUUAACUUGGUAGUUCUUUUUUUUUUCUUUAGAACUAAAAUUAAAUAUUGCUAUUUUUUUUUUUCUGAUAAAGAACGAUGUAUUGGUCCGACUGGGGAUCCAAUCCAAUGAUUGAAAAAGCAGCCAUGGACGGCUCAUCAAGACGAACCAUUGUAACAGGAAACCUUGGUUGGCCGAAUGGAUUAACUAUUGAUCAAACAAUAAGCCUUCUGUACUGGGCGGAUGCUAAACUGGACAAAAUCGAGGUUUCUGACCUUAACGGUGAUAACAGAAGAGUUAUUAUGCUAUCUGCAGCAGAUAUUCAUCCGUUUGGUUUGACGGUGUAUAAGCGCAUUUUGUACUGGACUGACUGGAACAAUAAAAGCAUUUCGCGGUACGAUUUAAACAAUGGGAACACGGAAUUGAUUAUUCAAGGUCUCCAAAAGCCAAUGGACAUUCACCUGUAUGAUUCAUCUCGGGUGUUUUCAGGUAAAUCAUUCUUCUUAAUAAUACCCGUCACAAGCAACUAUUUUAAUGCAACGGCACCUCAUACUAUUUUAAACGGUGUUUACAAUUUUUUUCAAUUAAAUAUGGUGGUACUUAAUAAAAAGAUAAAUUCGAACUUUUUUUAUAUCUAGUCUGAAUUCUGGUGGCACCUAAUUAACUCUAACUUUAUCAGGGUCUCAUCCGUGUACAAUCAACAAUGGAAACUGCAGUGACUUGUGUUUGCUUACGCCGCAAGGAGGUCACCAGUGCGCAUGUCCAACUGGAGUAGUCCUCAAACCUGAUGGGAAAAACUGCAAUUAUGGUAAGAGCAUAUGAUUGGUUGUGGUAGUGCGCUUGUAGCACAUGUUUCCUUAACUGCUUUUUGUUCUGCAAAAUGUAGGAAAGAAAUAGUCAUGGAUAUGCUGAGAAUUUCAGGAUACUAAUUCUCCUGUGAUUGUCCGACCUGCACUUCUUUUUUUCAGAUUUAUUUAAGAACCUAAGCUCCGACAAGCUCAUGCUUUUUGCUGAAGCAAAUAGCGGGGAAAUUUACAAAGUUCCUCUGGCUGUACCAGACACUCCUUGCUUUCCUCUAGGGAUCAAAACCAACAUAUCCAGACCAGUUGCAGUUGAUUAUGAUCCGAUUGAAGGCAAGGUCUACUGGACUGACGUGACUUUGAAGCAGAUUGUUAGAUCUUAUCCCAACGGGUCCGAUCUUGAAGUAAUAGCGGAGCGUAAUGUGGAAAGUCCUGAAGGAAUAGCAGUUGAUUGGAUUGGGAGGAACGUUUAUUGGACUGAUUAUCAAACUAGUAAGAUUGAAGUGUCACGAUUGGACGGAUCAUACAGAUUUAGCCUCAUUACAUCUAGUUUGGACAAUCCUAGAGCUCUGAUACUUGACAUCGAUGCUAGGUAACAAAGAUAAUUAAUGAGGAAUACAACUUAAAAGAUGUAUUUGAGUCAAUGGAAACAUGUUAAAAAGAUGUUCCGGUUUUGAGAGGAAGCACUUGUAACUUAUACGGAAUACUGUCUAUUUUGUCCCCUUGGCUUGAAAAAUCACUAAAAAAAAGUGGGCUUUGCUAUAUUUAUCCGAAAAUCCAUUUGACUUGAGCCGCUACAGGCCUCAUAAAAUAGCAAAGGCUGUGCUUGCAAGUGAAAGUCAUGAUUUUAACAAAAUUAUAACAAAUUUUCACAGCAUGCAGUGCCUAUUCAGUUUAAUAUUGACGGAUCGUACAGAACAAGCCUUAUAAAAGAAAUAGACGUUGACAAACCUAGGGCUGUGAUAUUAGACAUCGAUGACAAGUAAUCUAGUUAAUUUUGAUCAAAGUGGCUGAUGAAUAUAUUGUUCUAGGAACCCUACAAUACUCUCAAAUUUAAAAAGCCGUAUGGCCGCAGAAAUAAAUAUAAGAGAAAAACUUGUUUCUCAAUGUCGUUUUAAGACAUGUUCGCUUUAUUCUUUAUCUCCUUUUUGAUCUCUCUUUUCUGUCUUGAUUUCUAUUAUAGAAAGAUGUACUGGAGCGAUUGGGGAGCCUCACCAAAGAUCGAACAAGCGAACAUGGAUGGCACGGCUAGGACCGUUCUGGUUAGUUCCGGUUUGUCAUGGGUGAAUUCGCUCGCUUUGGAUUUCAAAAAUAGGCUGCUGUACUGGUGUGAUGCACAACUCGACAAGAUCGAAAGAGUGGACCUUCAAGGAAAUAACCGCGUGCUGAUACUGAAUUUGUCAUCCAAUAACGAUAGUUAUCACCCUUUCGGACUCGCCUUAUACGAGGAUGCGCUUUUCUGGACAGACUGGAUAACACAAAGUGUUCAUAGAUAUAAUAUGACGUCUUCCCUCUCCGAUGUCUUGGUCCAUGGAAUGGGAGCACCUAUGGAAAUCCACAUCUAUGACUAUAGCAUCAUAACUACGGGUGGGUGUUCCUUAGAAAUUUUGCUGUUUUGAAUUCAUUUUUUUUUUUUUAAUUUAUAAAUUUUUAUUUGAAACUUUCAUUUAACAGAGUACACUUAAUAUAAAAAGGAAAAAACAAAUAAACAAAUAAACAAUUUUCAUCAAUUCGGCGACAAAUGCCAUUUCUAAAAAUUCAGUUAACUCGAUGAAGUUAGUACUUGUUUGAUAAAGCUAGCUGCUCUACCGUAAUGAAAAACCUGUCAAUGUAAAAGACAAAAACUCGCUUCAAAGAUUUCGCGAUAUUCAUAGCUACAUAUUUUUUAUUUCCCAGGGAAGAAUUUUCCAAAAAAAAAAUCGUUGACAGUUUCCUUUCCCAAAAAGUUGACAUUUUUUCGCUAUUGUCCAAGUUUGACCAAACCUUCUCUUCACUGUAAAAAAUUCAAGCCGGCUCAAUGGUCACUAUUUUUUUUUACCCUGAAUACACGCCCGUCUACAUGUUGCCCACACAGGAACUACCAGCUGUUCUCAUUUAAAUGGAGGAUGCAGCCACAUUUGCCUGCCAAGCCCGAACGGUCAUCAGUGUUUCUGCCCGGAAGGAGUGCAUUUGAUACCUGGUGACUCGUCGACCUGUCAAGGAGGUAGGAGUUAUGAUCUCGAAAAAGACUUGUGUUUUUUAGGUUUUCUUAUUUAUCUAAUUCUUGUUUUUUUGCGCAAUCCCCCAGCAGCUCUUUACUGUUUUAAAACACUGUGAUAGACUUGAUUAACAUGCAGUUUGUCGUGAGUGCAGGGGUUAUGUUCAUUUAAUUCUACCACGGAGGAAUUAUCCUGAAAGUGUUGUUAUUUCUAAUCUCGGUUUUCUAGUUUUAUGUGAGUGCUUUUACAGUAAUAAUAAGAUGACUUUAAGCUUUUUAGUUGCUGACAAUUCUGUAACAUUGGGAGUUGACAAUCGAGGAAAAAAACGACAACAAAAUAUUGUUCUGUCCGCUACAUUCGCCCUCUGACUAAAUUCGGGGAAAGUGAAACAGUCCUUCCCGGCAAAAAGGGUCCUGGGACCCUGGUACUGAAAAUGGCUGUCUAGAUAGGCUAUUUCCGAGUUCCAAAGACUCUCACUUCUAAAACGAGGCUAAGUGCAAAACCUUUCUUGUAAAAAUGAGUUUCAUUUGUAUGAGAAUAAAAACUCAGUUUCAUAUCAAUGGCUUCGCACUUAGCCUCGCUUUGAAACAGAGGCUUGACGCAACUCGGAAUAUGGCCUAUUGCUUCCACUCUUAUCAGUUAUUUACUCUGCUUUUCCUUGAAAGCAUGCUUGAAUAUUAGUUGUCUUUACACUAGGCUGUUAAGUGUGUGAAGCCCUAAGUAAAAUCUCAAGUAACUUUACUUUACAUCUUAUUAAAGUCGGAGAGUUGAAACGAUUCAAGAAAGUUUGAAGCGACUUGAAGACCAUCCUUAAAACCGACUUAGCUGACUUGCGGUUACUUGCGGUUUCUUGAGCUUUGAGAAAGGCGAAACAUGUCAAUCAAUCUUAAUUAUGUCGCGAGGGAGAAUAGCCUUAAGUUAACCUGAAGUAAAAAAAGAUCGGUUGUGUGUGAAGCUUUAUUUUACUUUAAGUAAUUAAAACUUACUUGUCUUGAAAUAUUUCUUAGUUUAUAUAUUUAGGCUCUAGCGUAAAGACUAUCAUUAGUAGUCUGCAUGGAUAUUACCAGGAAGGCAGUGUUUCAACCUCUGACGCGUUGAGAAACACACCCAGUACUCAGAAAAGAGGGCCUAGAUCACAGGUGACGAAAGUAGAAGGCUGUUUGGAGUUGGAAUUUAAUCAAGCGUUUUCCUUUCUUCAUUAAAUAGUGAACCGCUGUCCCCAACUGUUUGCACCUGUACAUGGUAGUUUGCUGCCUUGUUCCAAUUUACCGGGGCAAUCCUGUGUAUUCUCAUGUGAUCAGGGAUACUUGCUGAGCGGUGCAAGCACCAGGAUUUGCCAAGGCGAUGGUAGUUGGACUGGAGUACAAACGCACUGCACUGGUAAGUCGAGAUAACAUAAUUUACAGGGUAGAAGGUAAGGAAUCCCCGCAACUUAGUGCGUCCUCUUACAGAGCCAUGCAAGAAGCAGUAAAAUUGAAACAAGCGGUUGCUAAAAGCUUAAAACGUUGCAAUACACCCAGGGAACAACAUCUAUGUUAGUUGUGUAACAAUGAUCGAAGUGGAAAAAUGAUAUAAAAGCGUCUUUACAGAGAUUUCUGAAUUCUGCAAAAUGGGUAGAAAAAAUAUGUGUUAACCUUAUAGAUAGCCCGCAUAGCUGGCAGUGGUUUCCAUUUCCUCUUAGGCAAAAGAGAGAAGUGCUGGAAAGGCCCAAGGGGAUGGGGUAAACUGAAACAAUAAAAAAAUUAGAAAAGACGGGGCGGUGGGCACAUAAUCUUUGCACUGCUUUUUACGCCAAGCUAUCGAGUGUCUCCCGCGUUUCUCUAGCUUGGUUAAGAGGAAACAGAAAUGACUGCUUCGCAGGCCGGAGGGGAUACUGCCAUAUAUGGGCUAUAUGGGUAUGUGUCGCUGUGAAGGGUUUUCAAGCAGUUUAAUAUGGGAUAGGGUACAUAAACCAGAAAGUUUGGGUCUAGAAUAGGGCAUCAUUUUUCUAGGAAACUGUUCAAUUGGUUGAAGAUUUUAGUCUCAAAAAUAUAAAAAAAAUCAAAUCGGUUUUGUUUUGGCUAGACUGUACUAGUGACCUCAGUAGUUCCUGGAAAACAGAUACUCUAGAUAUAGGGGUAAGGGUUCCAGGGUCCCCCAAAAUUCCUAAAGUCCCCCCCGGGCUCACAGGCUACUUACCUGAUGCAUGGAUAAAUGUGCAAUACGUAUUUCCUUGUUCAGUUGUCACGUGUCCCUCCCUACCAACACCUUCCAAUGGUACCCGUCAGGGAUGCUCAGGCGCAUCAACAGAAAUCUAUAACACUGUCUGCCAGUUUUCCUGUCAUCCCGGUUUUGUCAGCUUGGGUUCCUCAUCUAGAACAUGCCUUCAGAACGGAAGUUGGAGUGGCCAAGAUUUUGUUUGCCAAGGUAAGAAUAUUAUUAGCGUAUUCGGCAUAAGCUUUCCUUAAAUUAAUCACGCUGGAAAUUUGGCCGUCGUUAAUGGACGUUCAUUGUUUUAACAAAGAUUUUAGUAUGCAAGCAACCAAAGGAGCCUGCAUGCAGUCCUGAUCUACAGAUAGCUAUCACGCAUUUACGACACGUAUGUAGCCAACAUUCGCUUGGGCUUCUAAACACCCACUAACCCGCCCUCCCAGCCUAACCUUUGGUUAACUCAUCAGACUAGUUUAAAUUGUUCUCUUUGUGGCCAAACAAUUAGAUACACGGUAGAAACGUUCAAGACAAAUUGGUAUGAUAUGUGAACGACAUUAUAACGACAUUUUACGUCAUCCUUUCCAGCAUUGAACAUGAUUUCGCUAUUGGAGAAAACUUUGAAAUACUAGUUUGGUAAAAUGGAUAAAUGAAAAUAAUUGAGGUAUAAUAGCAGCGUCGUAUUGCGAAAAAAUGUUUAAGUAUGGUUUGGGUGGAGAAGAUUGGCAUUGAUUUAAAAAAGAGGAUUCCUUCGGGCUUUCAAUUGGGUAUUAUUUCGCAGUGCAAAAGAUGAGAUUAAGGUUUAAGUAUUACAAGUAAGAAACUAAAAAGUGUUUUCCUUGCAUGUCAGCUAUCAUUUGUCCACCUCUGGCGACCCCACCCAAAGCGCUUCUACUGACCCCUUCCUGUGGGAGUACUUAUGGAUCAAGUUGCCGAUAUUCCUGCCAAAGUGGUUAUACCAGCUUCACCGGAAAAGUCACAAGAACUUGUUUGCUGAACGGUCAAUGGAGUGGAAAUGACAUAAACUGCACAGGUUAUUUAUAACAGAAUGUAAUGCUAGGCAAUUUUGCAUGGAUCAAAGUUCUUAGCUCAACAAAGGCCAGUCAAACUAAAGCAACCGCUAAACUAGUUUGCUUGGAAGGGCAAUUUAAAAACCAUCCUAUUCCAGGAAUGAUUUCCGAUUUCCCACCAUGAAAGAACAGUACAAUUUUCAAGUUUUCUAAUUCAUAGUAUGAUCUCAUUCUUUUGUUAGCUUGUUUGAUCAUUUGUAUGUUGUCAUGGCCUGCUCUAAUAGUAUUUAUUUUAAUUUAGGCAAUUUGUUUUCUUCUUUCUUAAGACACUCAACCCCCAGACUUUGGUGCCACAUGCCCGGCAAAACCAUUGACAGCGUAUGCCGAGAGAGAAAUGUUAUCUGCCUUGGUGAACUGGACCCAGCCGGUUGGCACUGACAACUCAGGAGUUUCAACAACAGUGACGUCAAAUUACCAGUCGCCAACAAGGUUCAGUCAAGGAACUCACGUGAUCACAUACACAGCUGUGGACCAAUCAGGAAACAAAGCCACCUGCACGUUUUUAGUCAUCAUUUUAGGUAGCAAAGACUGUAUCCAAUAAUAUUAAUUAUCUCCGUUUAAUUGUACUUUGCCCGACAGCACAGAGGCCACUGCACUUUCUGAGGUUUAAUCCUCGGGUAUUUCAGACCGCUCGAAGUUAAAACUUUGGAUUUACGUGCUAUAUCUGUGAUUGAAUUAACUGAGGGGCUCUUAUCUUUGAAUAACCGGCUUAGUUAACGUUUUGUUUGACUUCCAUUUUGUCUUAUUUUAAGUCUUAAUCAUAUCUAUAACAAAAUUCUCAAAUGUGAUUGGCUGUCAACUGUCCUGAUUUCAGCCUUAAUAGGACAGUACGCGUCAUGCCUAAGUAAUUGAAUAGUACGCGCCAUCACGCGCGCGCUUAAAUAACUUUUUUUUCACUGCUAGCAAAAACAUCUCGGAA